AUGAAGUUUGGAAAGACGUAUUUGAGUCACCAGAUUCCCGAAUGGUCGAUCUAUUACAUGAACUACAAGCACCUCAAAAAGAUAAUUAAAUCACUCGAUGCAGGAAACCAAAUAGACUUGGAAUUAGAGGACUCAGACUACUUGGAAUACGUCAAGGACAAACUAAGCCUGUUUUUCUUUGAAAUCGACAGAAACAUUGAGAGCGUGGAUGCUUUUUAUAACGCAAAGGCUAAAGAAUACGAACGAAGAUUACUAAAAAUCAUAGAUGUUGUAGGAUACAAGAAUGGACAGCUUGACUACAAACUAGAGUCUCAAGAUGAACUAGAUGAGAUAAUCAAUAUAUUGGUAGAGUUGAGAGUAUUGUUUCGUAACUUGAAAUGGUACGGGGAACUAAACCAUCGUGGUUUCAUCAAAAUUUUGAAGAAAUUGGACAAAAAACUUACAUUUAUACUAAAAACAGAGAAUAAACAAGAAGCAGAAGAAAAAGAGAAAGAAGAAAAGGGCAUCAUUGACAAGGCACAAGGAGAUGGUAUAUCAAACCAAAAUAAAGAAGCUUAUUUGACAACAAGGAUUGAUGCAUUGCCCUUUGCACACGAAUCAGAAAUAUCUCAGCAAUUGGAUACAAUACACAAGAUCUUGCAGCAAUUGGGCAACUUGCGUCAGUUGACCAAUGUUAAUACUCUGGGUAUAUCGUCCUCAACAUUGAGUUCAACAUUGAGUUCAACAUUGACAUCAAAAGCAGCGAAUGAAGUGCAUUUGGAUUCUUUACACAUCAAUGAUGGUCAAUCUGUUGAUGUUUUAAAACAUAUUUUCGAAAACGAUGACGUAGAUUCACUUGAAAAGCAAUUCAGUACAGGAACAAAGAGUGAUAGAUUCACAAUUUCACUUUUGAACAAAGCGGCAUUGGCCAAUGCUCAGAAAUGUAUCGACUUUAUAUGGAAACACUUGAACAGUUUAUAUGACGAGAAAGACAUUAAUGGCAGAAACUUUUUCCAUCAAAACGUCAUUAGUCUUGGCAAAGAACAAUUUAUUAGAGAGGAACAAAUCAACCCUGGUGAUGCACCAAACUGGUUGAUUGGAGGUAGAAAUGGUUCAGACAACAAUAAUAUCAACAAUACCAGUGGACUUUUAUACAUCUUGGCAAAAUUGCAAGAGCAAAAUUACGAGUUGUUAGUUGCCAAAGAUCAAUAUAAUCGAACUCCAUUGCAUUAUGCUGCACAAUAUGGACUUGCCAAAGUCACAGAAAUUUUGCUACAACAUUAUACAGAUUGGAACUUGAUAAACACUAAAUAUUCUAUCGAUGAUGUUGAAGCGUGGGGAGAUCAAGAAAGUCUCUCCCCAUUACAUUUGUCCAUCAUUGGAAAACACCCAAAAACCACAGAAAUCUUGAUCAAAUUCAAUAAAUCCACCACAUUAACCUCACCUGGAUUGCUUCUCUUAUCAGUGCGUUUGAAUUCAAGCAGAAUAUUGAGCUCCUUAAUUCGUGAUGGUAAUAUCGAUAUCAACUACACUGAUGAAAAACACCGUAACGAAACGGCACUUUAUAUUGCGUCAAAGAUGAACUUACCCAACUUGGUGGAGUUUUUAUUAGAAAAUAAUGCAGAUACACUGAUUGGCGAAAAAGUGUUUGGAUGGACUCCCAUUUUCAUUGCUGCUUCAGAAGGGUUUAUGGAGAUUGUUAAAAUACUUAAGGAGUUUGAUGCAGAUUACGAUAUUGUUGACGAUAGUGGAUGGUUACCAAUGGAACAUGCUUGUUUGCGUGGACAUUUGAAAGUGGCAGAUUUGCUCAAACCAAAGAAUGAAAAAUUGGUUCUUUAUGACUCAUACCACCCUGAGAACAAUGUGGCAAGAAUCCAUAGUGAGACCGUAAGUCCCAUAAUGAGAACAUCAAAUGGAAACAGUAGUGAAGAAUUGGAAUCUACCAGUAUUGACAAAUUGCCCCAAGCUCAUCGCAGUGCAGUUAACGAGUUUUACAAACAAUUGAAAAACUCAUCAUCAGGUAACGUCUCAACCCGAUCAACAUCGCCAAAAAGGAGGGCUAAAUACAAACCUGUCAAGUCGUUUGGACAUAGAUAUUUAGGCGAAGAUGAAAGUUUAAUCUUGAUUACGUUGGGCACUACUGAUUUAAGAGACGAGAGCAGUCCAGUCGAAUUGAACAAGAUCUCACUUGCACGUAGUUUUGCUACCGAGUUGGACACAGCUUUAUCGAUAUCGAUAACUUGUCGUCACAAGUUGACCAAUGUACCGGUUGAGCCACCCGUUGUUAUUGACUUGCCCUUGGAAGACUAUCAUGGAAGUGCAACUGACCCCAUUUCUUUUAAAUUAUCAAACAAUAUGUCAGUUGAUGAUAUAAUUAUUACAUUUGAUUUGAUCCCUACUUAUCAAGUCAAUAAGAAACUAUUGGGUCGUGCCAUUGCAAUAUUAAAAAAUGCGUACACCAAGGUUGGUCCUAGUCUUCGUUCAUUAAACAAUAAUAUUACAGUGCCCAUUAUCGAGUCAGCAAAUUUGGAUAUUCUUGGUUUAAUCAGAUUUGAAUAUUUACAAGUUUUACCAUUUAAACAUCAUGCAAUGAGUAUUGCUCGUUCAGACACUUAUUGGAAACAAUUGGUGUCUACUAGAGUUAUUGGUCAUCGAGGAUUGGGUAAAAACGAGAGUGGUAGACAAUCAUUACAGUUGGGUGAAAAUACCGUUGAAUCUUUUAUUGCUGCUGCGUCAUUAGGUGCCUCGUAUGUUGAGUUUGAUGUUCAGCUUACUAAAGACUUUGUUCCCGUUGUGUAUCAUGAUUUCACAGUUGCUGAGCUGGGAGUCGAUAUCCCAAUGCAUUUGUUGACACUUGAACAAUUCCUUGGUCUCAACAGAACGAAUGAAAAAGCUAACCAUUCAUUGGAUGAUGAGGUAUUGGAUCGUCGUCCAAAACCGAGAGCAAGAUCAUCUUACGAAUUGCAUCCGCAAAAUGGUACUAGGCACAAAGACGACAAUUUUAUGGUUGAUAGACAAUUUGAGAAUCACAUUAAUGAAAGGAUGAAGUUGACACAGACUUGGAAGAAUAAAGGAUACAAGGGUAAUGCACGCGGCACCUCAAUUGCCUCGAAUUUCGUUACACUCAAGGACUUGUUUAAAAAGCUUCCGCCAAAUGUUGGGUUCAAUAUUGAGUUGAAGUAUCCAAUGUUGGAUGAGGCGCAACAAGAAAGUAUGGGUGAGUUGGCAAUCGAUAUCAACUUGUACCUCGACACGAUAUUGAAAGUGAUUUACGAUGAAAACCUUAAUGGUCGUCAUAUUGUGUUUUCAUCUUUCCAUCCCGAUGUAUGUUUACUCUUGUCAUUGAAGCAACCAACGAUGCCAAUUUUGUUUUUAACCGAAGCAGGUACGGCACCAAUGGCAGAUAUUCGAGCUUCAUCAUUACAGAAUGCCAUUCGAUUUGCUAAGAAAUGGAAUUUGUUGGGAGUUGUUUCUGCAGCAGAAACAUUGGUAAAGACUCCGCGUUUGGCACAAGUGGUGAAACUGUCUGGUUUAGUCUGCGUCACUUAUGGUGUAGAGAACAACGAACCCGAGUUGGCAAAAAUUCAAAUGAGAGCUGGUGUUGAUGCAGUGAUUGUUGAUAGUGUUCUUGCUGUUAGAGAAGGGUUAAGAGAACACAAUGAUAUAAUGAAGGAGAUGGAGGAUUCGGGAAGCGAUUAA